AAAAACAAGUCAACUUCGGCCACCAUCUUAGCCAAAUAGUGGUUAAAAAUAUAUAAAUAGUGAGUUCUAAAAAUACCCCCAAACACACCCACAAAAUAUGAUACCACAAAGAACUAGCUUUCCCUUUCCAUGGCCGCACUGCACCUACUGUUUUGAGGCCAUCCCACAUGACUUUUUUUUCAGUGAUUAAGCUUUGCCGAAAAAACAAAAAUAAAUAAAUAAAUAAAAUGUUACGUGUCACUGCCCGUCGACGAAUCCUCCACUGGGCGUCGAGCCUCUGGCGCUGCUUUCGCUCUUUCUAGAACCAAAUCCUAGCUUGCACACUAGGGAAGUCACUUAUAGGCAGCUACCACGCACCGCCACCAUGUCGUCUCUGUCUCUGGUGGCUUCAUAGAGAGGGUUUGAGACCCCCGACACACCUUGUGGGUACUGUGAACACAGCAGGGACUCUUCGGACUUGGUUGCUUUGAAGAUCAGUCUCUUGGGUUAUUCCCAAAUUGGGAAAACUAGUUUUCUGGCAAGUGCAUUUGUUUGUUUUUUUUUUUUUUUUUCCUUCUUGGAAAUGUUUUUUUUAUGCUUUCGUGGCAACCAAACAUAGCAUAUUAAAAUGCUAUUCUUGUUCUAAUUUUUCUUUUUCUUUUUUUUUUCUUGUUUUGUUAUUCAUUGUAGACAAAGUAUGUCAGGGGAGAGAGGCAAGAAGAAGGAUUUGAGAUAUCAAAUACAAGACUAAAUCAAAUGGAUAAAACACUCUCUGUUGGAGGGGCAUGUAUCGCUUAUAGAAUCUAGGAGGUUGCAGGUAUGCAUGGUUCCUUUGCAUAAUAAUUUAUUGAAUAACAAGUCUACAGAUACAGAACUAAUCGUAAAAAAUACGAAGGGAAUGAUCUGAAUAAAAUCGUAUCUCUAUUGACGAGCCUUACAUCUGAUGUUGAUUGAUUCUAUCUCAUCGCUAAACUUUUUAUUGAUUGAAAUGGCAAUGUAUGUAUAUAUAUGUACUGAUCAACUAUAAUUUUGAAUGGUGUACAAGGAGAUGAAACAUCCCAAAAUCACAUUCCAAGUGCUUGUAAAGACUCGGUAGCAAUGUUAUUCAUAUUUGAUCUAACAAGUCGGUGUACUUUAAACAGAUGGUAUCAAGAAUUAAGGAAAUGGAAUCAGGCAAGAGCAUAUGCAAGGGCCCUCAAUGCAACACUUAUCUUUUCAAGUGCAACCUACAACAUAAAUGUGAACAAGAUCUUCAAGUUCAUCACGGCAAAGCUGUCCAACCUACCAUGGGCUCCUGAGCGAAACCUCACAAUCGGAGAACCCAUCAUCAAUUUCUAGAUGUUGCUUGGGAUUAAACAUAUUUGGUUUGUAAAUAGACUAGGAAAUUCAGGAUCCUGAGUAAGAAGAU